GCAUCUUCUUCCUAUAAAUAUUGCUGACUACUGUUUUCGCAGCCCGCAUCACCGCCGUCGUCAUUCCGGCGUUCCGCGGCGCCAUGGAGGACAACUGCACACAUCAGCCCAUAGCCAGCCUGGAGCUUGCUUCUCCUGCUCCCGCGCCGCCGCCACCGGCCGCCGCCGCCGCGCCGCAAGAAGCCACCGGCGACUCGGAGUCCGACGCCCCCGUGUCGGCCUCCACAGUAGGGGACCGUCGUCGUCCAUCGGUGGCAGCUGGCAGCUACGCCGAGGACGACGCCGAGUCCUGCAGCGGCGCCGGCGGUGGCGAUAAUAACCGCGGCCCCGUCGUCGACGAAGACGACGACAACCGUGGCGUAGACGACGUCGACGUGGCCGUGGAGGGUGACGAGAACGAAGAAGUCGACAGCAGGAUGUGCGUCCCGUGGUGGCGCCGGAUGGUCCAGGACGCUACGGCCGGUGCCAGCGGUGGUGGCUGCGCGCGGCCACAGGCGGCGGCGGCGGCGGCGGCGGAGAAGGGCGGGGCGGCGGCUGUUGUGGCCGGACCCGGCGGCCAUACGGCCGAGAGCAACAGGCUCUUCUGGGAAGCUUGCAUUGCGCAUGGGUACUAGCUAGCUCGCUCUCAUGACUGGUAGGCAGUAGCCGCCGCCGCCGCCGCCGUCCGUCCGCCAUGGAUGGGGCAUCCCAAGGUAGAUGUAGGUGUAGAAGAUGGGGUCGGGGAAGGAACAUUGCUGGGCGUCCUGCCGUGCUGCUCUGCGUGCCAUUUCAUGACGUCAGGCGUCUGACAUCAUCUUGUCGCGCAAUGCUUUGCAAACUUUUAUUAAUUUGUGCAUGUCCAUAUGUUAUUCUUCAAGAACCCAAUGUUUCCCGUGAAUGGAAAUUAAAUUUUGAUCCA